GAGCUCGAGCCCUUUAGCCUGAGAAGCGUGGAGCAGGAACCGGAGCGCGAGCAGGAGGUUCACCGCGGCGGUUCGUUUCAGGGAGAAAAGUGACAGAAACCCGCGGGCGAAGUCUUUCAGCUCGUGUCGGCCACGCGGCGACGGACGACGGACUCGGACGUGACGGAAACGGCUCGACAGCGACCGCUGAAUUGACGGCGUUUCGCUCGAGGCUCGCCGACUUGUGCAUGGUCGCCUAGCUAGCUAGCUAACAGUUAGCCGCAGUUAGCUCCAGUUGGCUAGCUGGCUAGCUCAGGAGGUCCAGCCCCGAAGAGAGAGAGAGAGAGAGAUAGAGAGAGAGAGAGAGAGAGAGAGAGGGAGAGAAAAAAGUUGUUUACCACCAGUUGUGGAUGUGGUCGACCCCCCUCCCCCCCCCUAACCCCCACGAGCUUUCCACGACUUUUUCUCCGGGAUACGAGCGCGAGGAGCCCGCGAGUCACACUGGAUCUGGCGCCGUGCGCUGGUAGGAGACUAGCAGGAUGUCCGCGGAGGUCGAGCGCAGCCAGGGCGACUCCGGUUUGACAGCGGCCAGCUCGGCGGAGGAGGGGACGACGACGACCCCCCACCAACAUCUCCAGCAGCAGCAGCAGCAGCAGCAGCACACGUCCGAGGAGCAGCGGGGCUCGGAGAAACCGCUCCAAGAUGGACACAAGGAGAACGACAAGGAGAACGAGCGGAGCGGCGGCUCGGCGGACUCGACCGUCGAGGCGGUGACGAGGGAGGCGGUGGAGGCGCCGCCGCCGAGAGUCAACCCGUGGACGAAGCGCAGCAGCGCGGGCAGGGUGCCCCCCACCAACACCCCCAACACCACCACCACCACCAUCACCAUCAGCAGCUCCCAGGAGAAAGAUCAACAGAACGCUCUGAAAGUCGUCCGCGCCAGCAAGCCCCGCAUGAGAAAAUCCAGCAAGUCGAGUGACUUCAGCGAUAUCACAAACUGGCCCACACCUGGUGAACUGGCCAAAGAGCAACAGCAGAAUGUCCUCAACAACAACGGAAAGAAGCCUUCUUCCACGCGCAGGGACAAGGAGAAGAGGCGGGAGCGACUGGACAGGAAGUCGGAGAGCAGCCACGACGGCGGCGAGAGCAAAGAGAACCAGGAGGCCCAGGUGGACCCGCUGGGAGAGCUGCCCAAAGACGGAGAGUCGAAGGUGGGACAGGACGCCAAGAGCGCCGCCCUGAAGAAGAGGGGAGGCGAGGGUAACAAACGUAAGUGGGUUUCUCUGCCGCUGGAGGAAGUGUCCCGGGACGACGGCGACAAGACGCCCGGCGGGGGCCCGACGCGCUCAGACACCGAGCCCACCGGCGACUCGCCCGACCCCACGUCGCCCAAACAUACGCUCCAUAAUAACAGGCCGCAUGAUAGCAACAGGAGUUGGAGAAGAGAACCGCGGGACUUUGCCGACGACGCCGCCAGCGUCCGGAGCGACGGCGGGAGCGUCCGCGGAGGAAUACGAGGCCGAGGGAAAGGCCGCGGCCGCGGGAGAGGACGUGGACGAGGUCGUUAUGAUUUCUCUCAGAGCUUCCGGGACACUCAGUCGUCCGACGGCUCCGGUCAGGGGCCCUCAGAGUUCGGCACCAACAUGGUUUAUUACUACGGUGACAGCAACAAGGUCCAGAUGUACACGGUGGACGAGAAGCUGCUGAAGGAAUACAUCAAACGUCAAAUCGAGUACUACUUCAGCCUCCACAACCUGGAGCGUGACUUCUUCCUGAGGAGGAAGAUGGACGUGCAGGGCUUCCUCCCCAUCUCCCUCAUCGCCAGCUUCCACCGGGUCCAGGCCCUGACCAUGGACGUCAGCCUCAUCAUGGAGGCGCUGAAGAGCAGCAAGGAGGUCGAGCUGGUGGACGACAAAGUUCGCUGUAAAAUUGACCCGGAGCGUUGGCCCAUCCCGACGCCUGCCGUCGUGGGCUCCCCGCGCACCGACUUCUCCCAGCUCAUCAACUGUCCCGAGUUUGUUCCCCGACAGACCCUCAGCUCCACGAACUCAGCUUCAUCGCCCGUGAACGAGACUCCUCCAGAGUCCGCGGGCUCUGAGGACUCGGCCGAGUCUUCAGGUCAGGAGUCGCUACCCGCCACAGACAGCCGUAAAGAAGAAGACGAAGACCCCGCCCCCAAACCGGACCCCGACGCCUGGAUCCAGGUUGAGAAACGCCACAAGCAGCCCUCAGGAAAGGCAAAGCAUGUCAGUGAUGAUGUGUGUGUAGUCGACUCCUCUCCUCCCUCAGCGCUGCCACCCGACCGCCUCCCCUCUGCAGGAGAUGGCAAGACGCCUCCUCCCAGCCACCAGGCCGCGCCGCCGGCCGCACCCGACCAGGAGGAGCUGGACUUCCUGUUCGACGAGGAGAUGGAGCAGAUGGCGCCCAGGAAAAACAAGUUCACUGACUGGUCGGACGAGGACGACUCGGACUACGAGAUGGACGACCAGGACGUCAACAAGAUCCUCAUCGUCACGCAGACGCCGCCGUACAUGCGCAAGCACCCCAGCGGCGACCGCACGGGCAGCCACGAGUCCCGGGCCCGGCUCACCGCCGACCUCGCCAAGGCCAUCAACGACGGGCUGUACUACUACGAGCAGGGCCUGUGGAAGGAGGAGGAGCCGGUCGAGUGCGUCAAGGAAGUGGAGCCUUUCAAGAAGCUGAACGUGAUCAGUAAAGAUGAGUUCGACACUCUCACCCCCAAAGUGCCCGUUGACCCAAACCAGGAAGUGCCACCUCCUCCCAUGCCAGUGGACAACGCAGCGGAACUGUCCCGCUCUCUGCCCACAACGGUCCCAGAGUCACCCAGCACUCACCUGCCCCGGACCCCCAGAACGCCUCGCACCCCCGGACGCCAGGACCCUACCAAGACGCCGCGCUUCUACCCCGUCAUGAAGGAGAGCGGCGCCGUCGAUGGACAGACGCCGAGGAAGAAGAAGACACGCCACAGCUCCAACCCUCCACAGGAGGCUCACAUCGGCUGGGUGAUGGACUCGCGUGAACACCGGGCGCGCUCUUCAUCCAUCAGCAGCUCCAACGCGUCUCCGUCAGAAGGAGCUCCGCUGACGGGGAGUUACGGCUGCACCCCCCAGUCGCUGCCCAAAUUCUGGCAUCCAUCCCACGAGCUGCUGAGGGACAACGGCUUCACCCAGCAGGGUUACCACAAGUACCGCCGGCGGUGCCUUAACGAGAGGAAACGGUUGGGGAUCGGCCAGUCUCAGGAGAUGAACACUCUGUUCAGGUUCUGGUCCUUCUUCCUGAGGGACAACUUCAACAGGAAGAUGUACGAGGAGUUCAAGCAGUACGCGGUGGAAGACGCCAAAGAAAGCAACAGGUACGGUCUGGAGUGUCUGUUCAGAUACUACAGCUACGGUUUGGAGAAGAGGUUCAGGUUGGAUCUGUUCAAGGACUUUCAAGAAGAGACUCUCAAGGACUUUGAGAAAGGUCAGCUGUACGGACUGGAGAAGUUCUGGGCCUUCUUGAAAUACUCAAAGAUGAAGAAUCAGCCCAUCGACCCGAAGCUGCAGGAACACCUCUCCCAGUUCAAGAACCUGGAGGACUUCAGGGUGGUGCCCCCGACGGGAGACGAGGGAGGCAGGAGGAGACGCCACUCGUCCUCGGCCGGGGACGAGGGGAGGCGUCGGCGACAUCCUUCCAACACUACCUCAAAGCCGGCGCAGGCGGCCGCCAAAUCCUCCGGCGCCGCCGCGCAACCUGCCGCCGCCGCUGCACCCAAAGAAAACGUACCGAAACCAGCAGCCGGAGCGGCCGCCCAGGCCAAGAAGUCGGAGUCCGGUGGCGGGAAGAAGCAGCAGCAGCAGCAGCAGCAGCAGCAGCAACAGAAGAGUGUCACACCGAAUAAAUGAAGCCCCCUCCUUCCAGGUGUGGGUUGGAUGGAAGAGACGCAGAGCGAGGCGGCGGCUCUGAGCUCCAGCGUUUUGGUCUUCUCAGCGUCGAACCGUUUGGGUAUGAAGAGAGAGAGACUGAGCGUGGUUGUGACAUAAUUUGAUCGUUUAUAUCAGUUGCAUUUCAUUUUAAAGCAAAGCAAAAGCAAAAGCAGUAGGCAGUGAGCUUGAAUCUGUGCAGCCUUGACAGCUCAUAAUGUUUACAGAAAGAAAAAAAAAGAAGAAAUGCAUUCCCUGCAUUUUGCCUUUAUUUUGUUCUCUUCAAGAUGCCAAAACUCUUCAACAAGCAUGUUGAUCUCCACAACCUGUCGGCCGCUCGGCUCCGCGACGAGCCGUCCAACUGUGAUUCUAGUUUUUUUGCCAAGAUUAAAAGAGAGAGAGACGCUGCAGAUCGUCUCGUUGUGCCUUAAUCUGAUUCACCAGGACGAACCGGAUUGGUGACGAAAAAAGAAAAAAGAAAAAGGCCAAAUUCAGCUUUUUCUUUAAAAGUCUUCCAGACUCUUUAUUUGGGGUUUGAAUGUGUUUAAAAGUGACACCACAUAUUUUUAAUGUGUCAUCAGACAUAAAUAUCUUCCGUCUUCACCACGACAAUCAAAGUUUUAACAUCGGCCGAGGCCCUGAUGUUUCUGACAGUCUUGACCGACAGAUAAAAACAUCACGUCGGCUUUUUAAAUUAAAAAAACAAAACAAAACAAUGAGAAAAUGUAUCAGGGAAGUUUUACUCAAAAACUUUCAGGUCCCGUUUUUACACCCAGAGGUAGAAUAAUUUAUUGUUUUAUUUUUUCCUUUUACUUGAUUGAAGAUGGAAUAGUCUUAGGGUUAAAUCAGUGCAGUUUUUAAAAAUGGCUUUUGCUAUUGAAUAUGAUACAUUGGG